CUAACAUCAACAAUCUCAAAUACCAUUAACCAAAAACAACAAGAGUUAUACGAUCACUGUCGCUAGGGGACAAAGUACCAGUUCCAUCUCGCGAAUCUUGUCACGACUCAUCACCUUCAUUUCUCAAUUCAACAACCAAAAUAGGGGUCAUCACGACUGAUCCCGCUUUCACGACUGCCUUUUUCUCCACCUAGAAUCGAUCAAACAUCGUGCACGAUUGACUGCAUCCCCGUCAAAGAUCGCUUCCAGACAAAGAAAAGCUAUCAAUGUCCAAUGUACAUUAAGCUGACCAAGCAGCAAAAGCACUAAAAACCAUCAUCGUUCACCGAUUCGCUUGAACCGAUUUUACGACUAAAACGAUUUGAACGACGACCGCUAGAGCGAGAGCUUAUCCUAUUCUUUCUCAUUUUGAUUAUAUACCGUCACCAUGCCUCUUCCUUCAAACGGUAAUGGGGACGGCUAUAACCCUGACAAAAGGACAACUGCAUAUGAAAAUAUUUUCGGUCGUCCAACUGCCAAGCCAAAAGGUCCUGCAGCUUAUCCAGUUCCUGGAAUGGCAGCUGCUCCUCCUCCCAAUCCAAACACAUACAAUUGGGUGAAUCAACAAGCUUAUGGCUCAAAUCAACAGCCGUCUAGAUACAAUGGAGGCAUGCAAGCAGCGCCAAACGGGUUUGGGAAUGGUGCUGCGGGUGGAUCGAUGUACGGCUAUCCUUCUCAAUCACAAGUUGAUAUGAUCGAUCGAAGAGCAAGCGCAACUCCUUCGGCUGGCUCAGAUCCAAGAUCAUCGCAAUAUUAUACAGGUGCCGGAAGUGCUGCAGAAGCAUAUGGAAAUGCAAGUGGUUCGGUUGCACCUCCUGUAGGUGGACCAUCAUCGGGAAUGUACAACCCUUCCUACUUUCAACGUACUCCUUCAUCUUCUAUGCCGCCUCAACAAGCAAAUGGACCUUAUUAUCCGGAUUCUCUACCCUAUCGACAUCCAUCUUCCAAUGUUGGCGUUCCACCUUCGCAAUAUCAACGCCCAGGCUCGAUAGGAUCUGUACCGCCAGAAGCUUCACCGCCCGGAGUUCAUGUGCCAAGAUUGCCCAGCUUCGAUCUUGGUUCCGCGGCUCCAAGUUCGGAAGAGCACUGGUUCCAACAUAAUGGUGCGCAAACCAGUUCAAAUGGUACAGCAGUUCCAAGCACGUUUGCUCAUAGCACAGCUACCGGGACAACUUACGCCGAUGAAACGGCCAAAAGUCCAACAGGUCAAUCAGUCGCUCUUAUGUCAGAUGGUGGGGCUAAUGGUGAAGAUUUACGUGAUGAUGGAUAUGAUUUUAGGGAAUAUCAAAAUCAAGCAAUUGCAAAAUCGACAGCAUCUUCCAUUCGCCGUGGUUCGUUUGAAUCAGAUCGACAGAGCAUUGCGAAUUCGAUGUUCACUUUACCUGGCGCAACUUCUCGUAUGCAAAUCAGCGGAGGUUACUUCCAUCCUUCAGCAGCGAUGCAAGAUCCUUCUAAUGCAGCAACUUGGGGAAAGCAGAGUCGAAUGCGUACUACGUCGAGUGCUACCACUCAAGGUUUGAUGUAUGGCGAUUCACAGAAUGGCGAAUGGCGUAAAAGUGGUGAACCUGCCGGUGGUCCCGCUUCAGGAAGCGGCGCAGGAGCAAGAUCUAUGUCAUUCGGUCAAAAUAGCCUCAAGCCUGGCUCUGCUCUUGUGCAUAGCAACAGUGGUCAGGCUCCUACUACACCACCUGUUCCUUCGGCUCAUCGUAGAGGUCCAAUCGUCUAUCCUGCUUUGCUAUCUCGCGUUGCAGAUGCAUUCAAACAACGGGUUGCCGUUGCAGAGCGAACAAAGGAUGGGUUGACGUAUACAGAUGCUUUCGAUGGUAGGGAGGCAGUUGACAAGAUUGCAUAUAUCAUCAAGACAUCCGAUCGUAACCUGGCUUUAUUGUUGGGACGUGCUUUGGAUGCCCAGAAAUUCUUCCACGAUGUCACGUAUGACCAUAGAUUGCGCGAUUCACCCAAUGAACUGUAUCAAUUCAGGGUGCGCCUCACUAGUCCUUUCGGCUCAGAUGGCGAUGCAUACCAAGAAGACGGAUUCAGAACACCACCGACACAGUUGGAAGUGCCUUCUACCGGUCCAACCCGCGAUAACUCUCUGUCAACAUUGCAAGAUGGCUCGAAACUAUUAGAACCUCCAGAGUCAACACCUCUGGCAGAAGAUGAUGAAGAUGCAUUGCCGACCGGAGUCUUUACUUUGUUGACCGAUUGUUAUAGUCCAACAUGUACCCGAGACAGAUUGUGUUACAGUAUCGCCUGUCCACGCCGUUUGGAACAACAAGCAAGGUUGAACAUGAAGCCGCAACCUGGUUUGAAACGCAGCAUCAGUAAGGAAAGCUUAGGAGACGCAAAGGAGCCUGGAGCUCUAUGGGCUGAAUCCGUUUCAGCAGAAGUGCUGAAUAGCGUUUCCGAUUCUGAACGUAAACGACAAGAAUUGAUCAAUGAAGCCAUCUCAACCGAACGCGAUUUCGUUCGAGAUCUGGAAUAUCUACGAGACUCUUGGAUCAAGCCGCUGCGAUCGAGGGAUAUCAUUGCAGAAGCACGUAGAGAGGAUUUCGUCACUCAGGUUUUCUGGAAUGUGCUUGAAAUUCAUGCGGUCAAUUCGAAGCUUGCAGAAAUGCUAACAAAACGUCAAAAGCAACAAGCCGUCGUUGAUCGAAUUGGUGAUAUUCUUUUGGAAAUGUCUCCUCAUUUCCAGCCGUUCGUGAAAUAUGGUGCACAUCAAUUAUAUGGAAAGUAUGAAUUCGAAAAGGAAAAGUCUUCUAAUCCAGCAUUUGCGAAAUUUGUGGAUGAAGUAGAACGAAUGCCAGAAAGUCGAAAAUUGGAAUUGAACGGUUAUUUGACCAAGCCUACCACACGUUUGGCCAGAUAUCCACUACUCUUGGAAGCUGUCAACAAAGCAACGCCAGAUGAUAAUCCGGACAAACAAGCGCUACCUAAAGUGAUCAAGAUCGUUAAAGAAUUCUUGACGAAAGUCAAUGCAGAAAGUGGUAAGAGUGAAAAUCGAUUCAACUUGGCACAACUUGAUCAGCAAUUAGUCUUCAAACAAGGUGAAGCCGUUGAUUUACGAUUGCGUGAUGAACAGCGAGAGUUGGUCUUCAAAGGUCCGCUCAAGAGACGUGGUGGAUCGCAAAGUGAUAGUGCAGAGCUGCAGGUAUUCUUGUUCGAUCAUGCAUUGCUGAUGGUCAAGGCCAAGACUGUACACAAGAAUGAUCUUUACAAGGUAUUCCGAAAGCCUAUCCCAUUGGAAUUACUGAUUGUAACAGUGUAUGAUGAAGUGCCAACAGGAAAGGGCAACUCGACAAGACCAAAGUCUGUCAUGUCGAAGACAUCUACCGGUAAUCGACUUAGUGGACCUGUUCCAACAGGAACGGCACCGAAACAAGAUCAAAAGACAGGAUAUGCUCUUACAUUCACUUACUUGGGUCGAAAAGGAUACUCGCAAACGUUAUGGGCAAGCACUUUUGUCAGUCGAAUGAAAUGGUUCGAACAUAUUGAGAACAGACAAGAAAUCUUGAGGCAACGAUCAAACAUCUUUGAUACAAUCACACUAUCGGAGAACUUCUUCAUUGGUCCGGCAAGGGUUACCUGCAGUGUACCAUUUGACUUUGGCCGAAGGAUCAUCUAUGGUGCAGAUGACGGUGUCUAUUUGAGUGAUUUACGGGAGCGAGCAAGACCUCCAACAAAGGUUUUGCCUCUGCCUGGUGUUACUCAAGUAGAUGUCUUGGAGGAAUAUCAGAUUUUGAUCAUUUUGGCCGAAAAGAGUGUACACACUUUCACGCUUGAUGCACUCGAUCCAUCCGAUCCGAUGGGAAGCUUGAAGCGAGGAAGAAGGAUCUCUUCGCAUACCUCAUUCUUCAAAGCAGGUCAAUGUUUGGGAAGAACGCUGGUAUGUGUUGUGAAGUCUUCUUCGCUAUCAUCCACCAUCAAGACACUGGAACCAAUCGAGCCAAAUCUACGAAUUGGAAAGAAACAACAGACAUUCCGUAAAUUAUUGCAAGGAGGACAGGAGAGUUUGCGUGUGUUCAAAGAGUUCUACAUUCCCACUGAGAGUAGCAGCAUUCAUUUCCUCAAAACGAAACUUUGCGUGGGAUGCACAAAAGGAUUCGAGAUUGUGGAUUUGGAAACGUUGGAUACGCAAGGAUUACUGGAUCCAGCAGAUAGCAAUUUGGACUUUGUUCAAAAGCGUGAAAAUGUUAAGCCGAUUGCAAUUUAUCGCAUUGACGGUGACUUUUUAUUAUGCUAUGACGAAUUUGCAUUUUAUGUCAACAAGAACGGUUGGAGAGCAAAGGGUAAUUGGAUCAUUCAUUGGGAAGGUAAUCCAACUUCUUUUGCCUUACAUCAUCCUUAUGUUUUGGCGUUCGAACCAAGCUUUGUGGAAGUUCGACAUGUACAAACGGGUGCUUUACAUCAAGUGAUUACAGGAUAUAACUUACGUUGCCUUUUCGCUGAUGUACCACCGCCAGCAAGUGCUGCUCAAUCAAGCGCAUCAUCAUCUGCAAGUAGCAUACAUAGUCAUACUGGUAUCGGUUCAAUGUCACCGUUUGGAAGGCCAGCACCUCCGCCAAUGCAUUAUGCAAUCGGUGCACCACCCUACAAUCCAGCAUUGUCACGACAACAAAGUUUCAAUAUGAUGGGACAAGGGGCUUAUCCUCCUAAUCCAUAUGGCCCUGCUGGAGCUAGACCGCCACCACCAGGACAUGGACCGGCAGGUAUGGGACCGGGAGGACCAUAUGUUCCACCUGGAGCACCUAUGCCACCACCUCAUAUGGCACCAUUUGGCCAAAGACCGCCGCCGCCAGGCGUUCCAUAUGGAUUCGGUCAAGCUCAACCUUCAAGACAAGCUUCAAUUCAGCGGAAUCCAGUUUGGGAAAGUGUUGCAGCCAGUCGAAAUCAAAUUGUGUUCAUUGGGGAUACGACUGUAUUUUGCGUUCGUCCUGCAGUACAAGGACAAGCUGCAAACAGUUCUUCUACAUCUACUACGACGGCAAACGGAAACAAUCCAUCACCACCAAAAUAAUAUCGUGUCCAUCUUCUUUCAUGUAUCAUCAUUCGAAUCUACCUUUUUUUAUUUCUGUCAUGUAUACAAUACCAUUUCCCCCUUUUUAUUUCAACGAGUCUCAUCAUCAUCUCAAUUACGAGUUGUAUAUCCUCCUUACUCUUUCCCUCAUACCUGUAUUGAAUGGAUUAUGCAAAAUACAUACUCUUUUAAAA